CGUUUAGCUUUACCAGCUGGGAUAAUCACUUCCGGCAAUAACACGUGUGGAUGGUAUGACAUAUUUCACAACCAAAACAUGGGAAAACUCAACGUUGCGCUUCUCCGAUAUUUGGCUAAAGAGGACUUCAGAGUUCUUACAGCAGUUGAGAUGGGGAUGAAGAAUCACGAGAUGGUGCCGUCCCCCCUCAUCGCAUCCAUUGCUCAUCUCCAUGGGGGAGGAUGUCACAAAGUCCUGCGGGAACUCUCCAAGCACAAGCUGGUUGCAUAUGAGAGGGGAGGGAAGCGUUUUGAAGGCUACAGGCUGACCAACUCUGGCUAUGACUACUUAGCACUCAAGGCUCUAGCCUGUCGGGACAUGGUGUUCUCCCUUGGCAAUCAAAUCGGUGUUGGAAAAGAAUCAGAUGUGUACAUUGUGGCUAAUGAAGACAACAUACAGAUGGCAUUGAAGUUUCACAGACUUGGAAGAACAUCUUUCCGCCAGUUGAAAAAUAAACGUGACUAUCACAAACAUCGGAAGUUCACAUCCUGGUUGUACCUGGCCAGACUGGCAGCCAUGAAGGAGUUUGCCUACAUGAAGGCUCUGUUUGAGAGAGGAUUUCCCGUACCGAAGCCUGUGGACUUUAACCGUCAUGCAGUUGUGAUGGAGCUGUUGGCGGCUCACCCCAUGUGCCAGGUCCACCAACUCCAAGACCCCUCCGCAGUGUACAGCGAGUGCAUGGAACUCAUUGUGAGGCUCGGCAACUGUGGCGUCAUACAUGGAGAUUUCAAUGAGUUUAACCUGAUGGUGGAUGGCGAGGACCGAGUCACUAUGAUCGACUUCCCACAGAUGGUGUCCACAAACCACCCAAAUGCUGAAUGGUACUUUAAUCGUGAUGUACAGUGCAUCCGAGACUUCUUCGUCAGAAGAUUUGAUUACGAGAGUGAACUUUACCCAACAUUCAAAGAUGUCCAGCGAGAGGAUAAUUUGGAUGUGGAAGUGUCAGCUAGCGGCUUCACGAAGGAGAUGGCUGCUUCGUUUGAUGAGGCUGCAGAUGACUUGGGAAUUCUCGGGGGACCAGAGUGUGGGAGAGCUCGAGAUAUUGACGUAGAUGACGACGGAGAAGAAGAGGAAGUAGAUGAAGAAGCAGAAACACGAGAGUCAGUCAAAGAAGGUGCUGUUGCCAUGGAAACUAAUCCCCGAGUUUCAGCAUGGCUGGCAGGGUGUUCCCAGGAGCUGGGUGCCGAUGAUACAAGUUCUGAACAGACAGCUCCAGAGGAAUGUGCCGACAUUGUCAGCAGUAUGUCUGGAACUAAGUUAAGUUGUGACCAGUCCGAACGUGCAGACCAACCAAGGACAGCAGCAUCUGUAGACUUGUGUCAGCCAGAUAGUGCAGACAGCGGAUGUGAUGAGGAGGAUGUUGAGGACUUGAGGGAGGCCAACAGAUCAUACCGGCCGUUCAGGACUGAAGACAGCAUGGCCCACACAAACCUCCACCUGACCCAACCACACCAAGAUAAUGUCAGCGUGGCUAGUUCCACAAUACAUCCUGACCUCAUCAAGAGGAAGGUUAAAGGUCAGAUAAUGAGGGAAAAGAUGAAACAGAACGCCCGGCGGAUCAGGAAGAGUGGCGAGUCGGCCAUCAUCACCAAGCUGAGGCGGGAAAAUCAGGAUGAUGUCAAACAGAGCUUAUCAGCGGAGUGGUACUGAGACAGACGGAGAUGUACCUGUGAAUGUGAUGUGAUGGACGGGAUGAUGUGAAACAGAGCUAAUCAGCUGAGUGGUACUGAGACGGACAGAGAUGUACCUGUGAAUGUGAUGUGGACAGGAUGAGGUUUGCUUAUGUUAAGUUAAGGCUGUAGUAAUGGUUACUGUGAUGAAAGUGCAUUCCACUAGCUGUGCAGUAGUCCAGUUGACCAGAGAUGGUUGAUGAUGCUGUUAGGUGCGAGAGCAGGGGAACCAUGGCUAUUGAAAGUAUGUCAUGUUCCUGUUUAUUUCAUGUUUUGAACCCAUUGGGUCUCCAGGUGAGAACAGAUCCCCGUAUGCUUGUACGAGAACUAAAUAGAAUGUAUGGCCAGGCUCAUUGGUUGAUUGUGUCAGUGUACCCAUAUGGCGUGGGAUGUUGCUCAUAAUAUCAAUCACUUGUUUGUCUUGGCUAAUUACAGGCAUCCAUCACAGCUGGAAUAUUGCCCAGGGUAAUGUUAAACAACAAACAAAAAAUCGUGUGUUGAAUACAGUUAAAAAUUUAGAUUAGGCCCACAGCUCAAUGAGACAAUGGUCAACACUGGAACCAUACUUACAGCAUGUGGCGUUUCACAAUAUGAAGAAUAGUCACACCUGUUGAUUAGCUGGUUGCUCAGGGAAUGUCUAGAUGUGGACACUAAUGCUGGCUCUUCAGGAGACACCAGAUGAAGCAAAGAACAUGCAGAAGUGGACAUCAUGGAGAUGCUGAGUGUGAAUAUACCGGUACAAGUCUACAGCUCUUUUCAAGAAAAUUUCUGGUCUCCAAAAACGUCUAAUAUUGUACAAAUAUUUACAAGUAAAAACUAAUUGGUUUUUCUCAGAGCCCGAAUUAAUGAUGACCAAACAUUGAAAACAAGAAAUUUCAAAUCACUGGAAGAAACCUUUCAACACUUGGUACAGGGCCUAUUAUUUUCUCUGUAUCAUGUAUGUAAAUAUACCUUCAAUAAAAGGGAAAUAAGACGUA